AUGGUUGAUGUCCUUGACAGCCAUGGAAAUUCCUUCCCUUGCCGUGCAUUCCUCGAUUGUGGUUCCCAACCACAUUUGGUUUCCCGUUCGUUUGUUGAACGAUUGGGAAUCGACCAGGUACCUACCCAUGUAGAAGUUAUUGGAGCUACCGGUAAGCGAUCGGUGCUCGACAGAAAGGCAACACUUUCGUUCCGGUCCCGUUGUAAGGAUUAUCAAGCCCGAAUCGAAUGUUUGGUCACCGAUGUGGUGACUGGUCCCCUCCCCGGUCGUAAGAUGAAUUGUCGGUCUUGGAACAUUCCCUCAGGUCUUUCGCUUGCUGAUCCCACUUUCCAUACUCCAGGAGAAGUGCAGUUACUGAUUGGAGUUAAACUGUUCUUCGAUUUGAUGCUUCCCGGCCAUUUGGUGCUAGGCCAGAACCUGCCUAUACUCAAGGAGACUCGUCUAGGAUGGGUCGUUGCUGGUGGUGCUGAGGACGUGGAUGAAAAUCAGCACUGCUACACGGCCAGCUUGCGGCCACUCACAGAAUGCAUGGAGAAGUUUUGGUCUGUUGAGUCGGUCGAGAAUAGCAACGUGGCUUCCAAGGAGGAGCAAGAUUGUGAACAACUUUUCAGCUCGUCCACCGUCCGAAACCCAGAUGGUACCUACACGGUCCAUCUUCCAUUGAAGGAAUCCGUGAGUGAACUAGGCAGUAACCGGUCUCUAGCUUUGAAACGUUUCCAUAUCCUGGAGCACCGCUUCAGCAAGAAUCCCGAAUUGAAAGAGGCUUAUGUCGAUUUCAUCAAUGAGUACAAGUCGUUGUCCCAUUGUAAGAAGAUUUCCGAGUCUGAUGAUACCCCAGGGAAAUUAGUUCACUAUCUACCGCACCAUGCCGUCCUCAAGCCAAGCAGUUCCACUACUCGCUUGAGAGUUGUUUUCGACGCCUCGGCUCGAACAGCUGGUCCGUCUCUGAAUGAUGUGUUAAUGAUUGGUCCCACUGUCCAGGACGAACUUUUUUCCAUUAUCCUUCGAUUCCGUAAGCAUCGGUUCGCGAUAACCGCUGACAUCUCCAAAAUGUACCGAAGGAUCCAGGUAGUCGAAAAUCACUCUGGACUCCAGCGAAUUUUUUGGAGGGAGAACCCUGAUGAUCCGCUUCAAAUCCUUGAAUUGACAACCGUUACCUACGGGACGGCCAGUGCGCCAUUUCUGGCUACUCGGUCACUGUUGCAGCUUGCACGUGACGAGUGCCAGCGUUUUCCAGUUGCAUCCAAGGUAGUAGAAGAGGAUGUCUACAUAGAUGACGUGGUAUCAGGGGCUGAUACCAUUGAGCAGGCCGUUCAGCUUCGCUCGGAUUUGACCAACAUGUUGAAUUCCGGAGGUUUCCCUGUGCAUAAAUGGUGUGCAAGCGACGCAGCCAUCCUAGAUACCGUUCCCGAGAAAGACCGCGAAAAGUAUUUGGUGUUUGAAAAUUCCGACGUGAACAAGGUUAUUAAAACCCUCGGCCUGUUGUGGGAUCCUGAGGAAGACGAAUUUCGUUUCCAUUGUAAGUUGCCGAUCCAACCGUUGUCUGUUCCAACGAAACGUAUCGUCCUCUCCGAAAUUGCUCGUUUGUUCGAUCCUUUGGGGCUUGUGGCUCCAGUUCUAGUCCUCGCCAAGAUAAUUAUGCAACAGUUGUGGAAAGACAAGGUAGGUUGGGAUGACCCGUUGACAGGCGAAAAUCUACAGUCUUGGCUUACGUUUAGAGAAUCCCUGAAAUAUGUUGACUCCGUCAAAAUUCCACGCUUCGUCGGCUUGGUAAGCGUCGAGAGUGUUGAAGUUCAUGGAUUCGCUGACGCUUCCCUUCGUGCGUACGGAGCAGUCAUUUACUUACGAGUUGUAUCUGGUUCCGAUGUAAAGGUUUCAUUGCUCUGUAGUAAAUCCAGAAUUGCUCCAUUGUCACCUUUGACGAUUCCCAGAUUAGAGCUAUGCGCCGCCCUAUUGCUGUCCAGACUUGUCCCCAAAUGCGUUGGGUCGUUGAAAAUGGAAAUUCAACGCAUCUGCCUGUGGUCUGACAGCAACAUUGUACUCGCCUGGUUGAAAAGGUUGCCCAACGAUGUUUUUGUCCGCAACCGGGUGAUGGAGAUCAAUUCAGCCACCCAAGGUUUUAUUUGGUCUUACGUUCGUUCUGAAGAUAACCCAGCCGAUGUCGUGUCCAGGGGGCAGUUGCCGCAAACUCUUGCCAGUAACAGUUUGUGGUGGAAUGGACCGACGUUUUUGAAGCUGCCCCAGUAUGAAAUUCUGAUUACAGAUCCACUUCCGGAAUCCGAAAUGCCUGAUGAUACACCGAUUGUGCCAAUCGUAUCGGCGACGGUUGUUUCUCCCGACCCUAUGAUGGGUCGCCUUCCGGAGGCUCGUGUCGUUCCCUCCGCUCCGUUUUCUCGAACCGGCGUUGACUUUGCCGGACCGGUAUUCGUGAAGGUUGGUCUCCGGAAGUUCGUUCGUGUGAAGGCCUACAUCUGUAUUUUUGUGUGUCUCGCUACCAAGGCCAUUCAUUUGGAGCUGGUUUCCGACCUGUCGUCCGCAGCACUAGUGCUCCAGAAGGUGCCAACCGAACAGUCGUUGCUGGAGCACCAGCAAGGAAUUUUCAGUGCCCCAUCGGUCCGCUCCACGAUCAGAGCUUUCCGGUAA